CUUGAUCGAUCAAUAAGAGAAGAGUUCGGGGUAAGGCUUGAUCUGACCGAAGAGGGUUGAGCCCAAAAAAUCCAGGGUUCAACCUUUUUCUCAGAAGCCAAAAAUGGAGGGAUUUCAGAUCAAGACUUUAUACGUCUUGUUUGUUACUGUGGCUGCAAUAAUAAUUCCUACAAGCUUGGGUCACAUUGGCGAGUAUGAUGAGGUGUGGCACAAACGGAAAACAGAAGCAUGGGAGCAUGCCCUCAAGACUUAUGAGCCUGAUCCUUCUAAUGUUACUUUCACCUUAAAUCACCACGUUCGAAAGGUAAUAUUAGAAUACAGAAAUAAUGUGACGACGGAAACGGACAACAAUAGCACAAGGAGGCAUCUAGGAACAAAAAAGUACCGUGGGCCAUGUAAUGCCACAAACCCAAUCGACCGUUGCUGGCGUUGCCGACGCAAUUGGGCUAAAAACCGGAAAAGGUUGGCCAAUUGCGCUCUAGGGUUUGGGUACAAAACCAAAGGUGGCAAGAACGGCGGUUUCUACAUUGUUACUGACAACUCUGAUAAUCCUAUAAAUCCCCGACCUGGGACUCUCCGACACGCGGUGAUCCAGAAGAAACCCUUGUGGAUAAUCUUCGCAAGAAACAUGAACAUCAGGCUUAAGCAAGAGUUGAUGGUGGAAAGCCACAAGACGAUCGAUGGGCGUGGGGCCCAAGUCCAUAUUAGUGGUGGGGCCGGGAUCACCCUCCAAUUCGUUCAUAACGUCAUCAUCCACGGCAUUCGCAUCUAUGACAUACUCUCAUGUAGUGGCGGCAUGAUCAGAGACUCCAUCCACCACUUCGGACUCCGAACCCGGAGCGACGGCGACGGGAUUUCCAUCUUCGGUUCCUCCGAUAUUUGGAUAGACCAUGUGUCCAUGAAGAAGUGUGAUGACGGAGUGAUUGACGCCAUAGAAGCUUCCACGGCCAUCACUAUUUCAAAUAGCCACUUCACCGACCACAACGAGGUAAUGUUGUUUGGCGCAAAUGAUUGGUCCCCAAAAGACAAAAUCAUGCAAAUCACCAUUGCUUUCAACCACUUCGGGAAAAGAUUGGUGCAAAGAAUGCCGAGGUGCCGAUAUGGAUAUUUCCACGUGGUGAACAACGAUUACACACAUUGGAACAUGUACGCCAUUGGAGGUAGUGCGGACCCCACCAUCAUCAGUGAGGGCAACAGGUUCAUCGCUCCCCUAGACAUUCACAAGAAAGAGAUAACUCACAGAGCCGCGGGGACUCCGCAACAGUGGAAGAAGUGGACAUGGAGAUCACAGGGAGAUAUAUACAUGAACGGAGCCUACUUUGUUCAGUCCGGGGAUCCAAAUUUCAACCACAACAAAUUGUACGAUGGAUUAAGGGCAUUCAAGGCUCAUGAAGUCACAUGGCUUACUAGGUUUGCAGGGGUACUAACUUGCAAGAUAGGAUCACCAUGUUAGAUUCAUCGAUCGAUUAUUAUUGUCACCUCGCCUCUUCUCUUUCAUUCUUGUUUGUACCGUUAUUGUUGAUAUAUACAUGAUGCAUGUCCCAAACAAAGUUUUGUAAUUGUUUCCAUCUUUACACUCUUUUGUUUUGAAUAGAAUGCUCUGAUCUGGCCAUUUUUUUGGGUGAAAA